AUGAAUCUCCCUAGCAUGCCACAAGCAAAAAUUCACGCCGGCCAGGUUGGUGCUAUCUUGGAACAUCUGACUCGGUUUAGGUUCGCCAGAGAUCUUGCCAACGACUCCAGUACAGACCCUUUCUGUGAGUCUUUCGAUGUUCGUAUCCGUGCUGGUGGAAUCGAUGUCAGUCCGGGCAAUCUAUUGGAAGUGAAAGAUAGUAUAUCGGUGGAAGUGGUCAUCAGAAAUAAGAGUGAACAGCCUGUCUUCGCCUUUAUCUAUAAUCUUGGCCCGUUGUGGCAAGUGCAAGAUAUAUACCAUGGCAUUAUUGUCAUGCCACAGGGUGUCAAAAGAAAGAAACUCAAAUUGAAGGUACCAAUCCAAAUGAAAGAAAAUGGACGUAGCUCCUGCGAGGACAUUUUCAAGGUGAUCCUCACCUCACAACCCACAUCCUUCGAUAUGUUGGAGCUGCCCACACUCGGUGAACAAAGCAUAUCGAAAAAGCUUGACAGAUCGGACCAAAAAGCCGGUGGUGCAACGGAAGAGUGGGCUUCAAUGAACUUUCUUUUCCGAACUAUUAUCUCAUAG